AUGCCUCUUAAGUACUACAAGUGUGCUUUAUUGAUGUUUGGGGCAUAUGUUUGUAAUCUGAUGUAUGUGGCACCCCUUGCCACGAAGGUAGAUACAAAUGCGAAUGUUGCUUUGACAGCUUGCUUAGCAGUGUAUGUGGGCUGCUACCGUUCGCUCAAUUCAGCCCAUCCUCAUAUAUCUGAAGGAGUGAGUAUGUCAAACAAUGCUAUGCGUCAGUAUGUUAAGAAUGCACUGCUUUUUUCACUAUGUGUACUACUUCGGCAAGUCUUACCAAAAGAUUUGGCUGAUGCUGCACUAGCCUGGUACUUCUAUGUACUGGGGAUCUUUGCGCUCCCGGGUAUAUUCUUACCUGCAAUUAGUCGCUUUCUCUCUUCAAGACUAUGGGAAGAUGAAGUCUAUGUUUUCCUGGGGCGUGUACCAUACUUCCACUAUGUGGAGGUCGAGUGCAGGUUGUCUUAUGUAGUAGCAGCAAUCCCGGGAGCAUUUCUAUGUGGAUGGUAUGCUUUUCAGAAGCAUUGGUUCCCUAACAAUGUAUUGGGCCUUGCAUUCUGCAUUCAGGUGACAACUGAUUAA